AUGGGCAACACAGAGAUCCAACAUUCAGUCAAGGUCAGCAGGGAAAAUGCAGACAGAGAGAAAGCGGUUAGUGUUCAUGUCUUCACCAAGCUGAAGGAGGCUAUUGAGAAAAAACAGGUCAAAGUCUCUGAGAUGAUUGAAGAGAAGCAGAGAAAGACAGAGAAACAGGCUGAAGACUUCAUCAAAGAGCUGGAACAGGAAAUCUCUGAGCUGAAGAAGAGAAGUGCUGAGCUGAAGCAGCUCUUACAUUCUAAAGACCACCUUAACCUCCUCCAAAACUUCCCUUCUCUGCAUGCUGCUCCACAAACCAAAGACUGGAAAGAGAGCAUACCCUGUCCACCUUCAUAUGAGGGGAAUGUGAGGCCAGCUGUUGUUAAGAUGUUGGAGAUACUUAAACAUGACAUGGAGAAGCUAUUCCCAAAGGCUGAGCUCAAGACGGUCCAGCAGUCUGCAGUGGAUGUGACACUUGAUCCUGAUACAGCAAAUCCCAAACUCAUUUUGUCUGAAGAUGGGAAACAAGUCCAUCACAGUGAUGUAAAGAAGGAUCUCCCAGAUAACCCAGAGAGAUUUUCUCAUUGUACCUGUGUCUUAGGGAAGCAGAUCAAUUCUUCAGGAUUUUACUUCGAGGUUCAGGUUAAAGGGAAGACUGAUUGGGUUGUAGGAGUUGCCAGAGAGUCAAUCAACAGAAAGGGGUUAAUCACUAUUAACUCUAAGAACGGUUGCUGGACUGUAUGUCUGAGGAAUGAUAAUGUGUAUUGUGCUCUUGCUGACCCUCCAGUCCGUCUCUCUCUGCAGUCUCAGCCUGAGAAGGUGGGGGUGUUUGUGGAUUAUGAGGAGGGUCUGGUCUCCUUCUAUGAUGUGGAUGCUGCAAAUUUCAUCCAUGCCUUCACCAGCUGCUCCUUCACCGAAAAAGUCCUCCCGUUCUUCAACCCCUGUUUUAAUCAGGGUGGUAAAAACUCCGCCCCUCUGAUCAUCUGUCCUGUCAACCCUACUUAGACAAAGUUCUUGUAAGUGUAGCAAAUGUCCAUAUAGUGGUACAGAGUUUUUCAUUCAUUCAUUCAUUAUAAUUAAUGUGGAUUUUACCAUCUUUAUGAUACAUUACAUUGCUACUGACUACUGCAACACAAUAAUUUGAUAACAAAUAAUGGAAUUGAUAAUGAUAAUGUAGUUUAAUCUAUAGCGGUCUUUAAAAGUCAAAACACCACAGAUUCCAAUACAAGCUUUGAUAUUUUUCUUAUGUAUAUAUUGCAGAGUUAACUUAUGUUGUUUGGCAUACUUUUUGACCUCUGUUUUUGCCUACUUGUCCAAGCAUCAUCUUCCUGAUUUUAUGAAAAUUAUUCAAAUGAAGAUUUAACAGCAGGUGAACGGUUAUGUCUUUGUGUUUGUGUCAAGUUUAACAUUGGUUUUCAUUGAAAAAGAACACCAUCAUAGAUAAUAAUAUGAUGACGUUUUUUCAAAUGUUUUGUAACAUUUAUUAAAUUGCUGAUGUUUAACUUCUCAUUUUACCAUU